AUGGGUGCCUGGGCCGAUUUCAAGACCAAGUUUCUGAAGGUGAGAAGAUACCUUGCUGCAACACCAAUUGAGGGCGAAAGCUAUGAGAAAGCUCCAGAUGUAAAGGACCUACCCCAUAUGGUUGACGCUGACGGUGAGUUGAUGGCUGUGUCAUCAGGAAAACGCGAACUGUCCCCCGUCUUGAGUGCCAAGUUGAACAUUCAGAACUCUGCUGGCACUGGUGUGCCUACAAAGGAGGAUGAUCGUAUCGACGCCGCGCUUUGA